AUGGUCCGUGUCAUACUGACAAUGUAUUGCAGAAUCUCUUGUUCGCGCCGCGAGGACGUGGACGUCGUAGCACAAUAUCAAGAAAGCCCAAAAUCAUUGUCUGCUAUAGAAGCCAAAUUGCUCGAGACUCAACGGGAGACACAGGAUGCGUUACGUCAGUUAACGCGCCUCGUUCAAUCGGUCACAGACCGAAUGGACGACAGGACCAGUCGUGGGAACCCCUCAGAAGAAGAGAGAGAACCCCCGGUCAAUGAUGAGGCUGCCUCCUUGCCUGAAGGCGAUGAGUCUGGCCCCGGCCGAAUAUUGGACCCUGCGGACUACGCUGUCAGCUCCGCGCCAGUCGUAGUACUCCGCGAGAUUGGCCGCCGGUACACGGGUGUUUACACGAGACCGCGAAGCCUUGCUAAGGGCGACCUGGUGCAUGAUGCUAUCUUGUCCGAAACAGAAGCAUAUGAGCUCAUCAGAACUAUGUGCUGCCUGCAGGCCAUACCACACCGGCCCGACCUCGUUGUGGAUGCCGUUCAUCAAAAGGUUCAUGACCGCGUCAGGAUGUCCCUAGGCCAGGUUCUCCUGAUCAGUCCUUUGACCCUGGAGGAAAUCUAUGGAAUCUUCCUCAUGAGCGACAAUGGAUCUUCUGCCAAGCAUCUCAACUCUGAGUAUAUCGACAGUUGGGUCUUGACAGGCUACUGCGCCAAGCAAGCCAUGUUGAGCAUCAGCUUCUCAAGCAUUGUCAACAAAAUCAAGAACGAAACUGCCAAUUUGGAAGACCAAAAAGCCGUUCGGUUGUGGUCUACAAUAUCGUUGCAUCACCUGCACUGGGCAGCCACCACAGGCCGGCCUUCCGUCAUCCCUAAGGACUACCUGGACCACUGCAACAUUCUGCUGAGUUUCUAUGACGCCUCCAUGCAGGAUGGUAUGCUGGUAGCCGAGGCUUCUCUGUAUUCCUCCCUCCUCAGCAAGCUAGAGAAACGCCAGCCGCGAAAGUUUAUUGCCAGUAGCACUUAUUUCGCCGACUGGGAAGCGCGCUGGCGCCACUUACUUGACCUUCCAACGGCGCUAAAGCUCAAGAUCGGCCAUCACUCCGCGUCUCUCAUUCUCAUAAUGAGAUCCCUCCAGGAGCUCGAUGAAGGCCUAUCAUCCAACAUAUUCAUGUCCAACCAUGCCACAACCUCUCAGGCCUUCGACGAUGCCGCUUCCCGAACCACUGCGGAUUCCCCAAAUACGGCUGAGAAGGCGAAAGCGGACCUCAGAGUGGAUGCCUGUUCCUCUCUCGGCUCCAACAUGUGCCUCCGUCUGGUCUACGGCGCUUUGAUCCUCUCGCACUACGGCGAGACAGUCUCCAAUUUCCCGGAUCGCAGCGCCGCAGACCUUGUCGCGCAAGUCAGUUACUGGGUGGGCCAAGAUCCCAGCAAGUCAUGGGCGGGCAGGUUCGGCAACCUCGCCCAGCAGAAACUUUUGCCUCGCCUCGACGGCAGCCAGCAGAUCAUGGCCGGAGCUGCUCUCACAGAUAGCGUCACAAGAGUGACUGAAAUGUUGGCACCGGACGGAGUGGCUCGUGGGGCGAACACCGUGGCCCACGAGUAUGAGAUAGACUGGAGCGAAAUGUUUCCUAAUAUGGAGGACUUUUUUGCCGGUGGAUUUCUUGGCUAUGGGGCGGAGCCUUGA